GUUGAUUUAUGGGGAGGAUAUGCUGAUGCCGACAGUGAAAGACCAUGGAAGAAAGAUACCCUUAAUGUUGCAUUUUCAUGCACGAAGGCAUUCGCUGCUCUUUGCGUUGCCAAGCUUGUGGACGGAGGAUACCUGAAGUACGAUGAUUUAGUGAUCAAGUUUUGGCCAGAGUUUGGCAAACAUGGUAAAGAAAAUAUUACCAUCCGCUGGUUGCUGGGUCAUAGAGUCCCAAAUUGGCCUCCAGGGACUGAAACAGGGUAUCAUGCCAUUACUUAUGGCUGGCUUGUCGACCAAAUUAUCAGGAGAGUUGAUCCAAAGCAUCGCUCAAUUUGGACUUUUACAUUGGACUACCGCGGAAUGAAACCUACCGCGUUUCUCGUCUAACA